UAUAUUUUUUUGUUUUUAUAGAAAAAACCAUCUGAUUUUCCUAAAGUUACGUUUCAUAAAACAUACAUGAAAAAUGUUUCCGAUAUUUUUGGUUAUACGUAGAGGAUUAGACUUCCCAAUCCCCCCAGCUAAUCGGAUUUGUGCUGCUGCUCUCGCAAAUCUUCGAAUCUGAAUUUAAAAGACCUCAAUUCAGUCGAGACAAUAAUUUUUAUUUGUGAUGUCAACGAGUUUUACAUUUUGCUAAACGUUAUUUUUCAGGGUGCCCCUUGACUCCGAGAUAAGAGGAAGUCGCCUCCAGAGGUGUUGGCCAGAGCCCGGACAGGACACAUUAUCAAGGUUAUGUCAAGUCAAGGAGGUGUGUCAUCCAACCAACAAAAACGGCCCAUUGUCGUCGUCUACCCGACAGUUGCUCCAGAGACAAUCGUUAUCCCGAUUGUGUCCUGCAUACUAGGCUUUCCUCUUCUUGCACUUUUGGUAAUAUGCUGCUUGCGAAGGAGGGCAAAACUAGCAAGGGAAAGAGAUAGAAGACGAGCAGGAAACUGUGAGACGGAAACAGGAGCGAUAUCCUUAGCGAGAUUUAGUCCUAUGCACAAACUUGGAGUGUAUUUAGCAGGACCGAGUGCAACCAGUGGAAGACCAAGGGCUGUAUCAUUGAGAAGCGAGAGAGCACUUUCCAGAGGGUUCCCUUCUCUCGAGCUCGAUACAGUCGUUGAAGAACGUUCAGAACCAGAUAGCAGUUGCCAGAUUGAGCAGUCGAGCAGCUAGCAUAGACUGUCAGUGUCUGUUUCGGUACAGACGGAGCCGAGGAAUGUCCCAAGGAGCCCACUGUGGAACACACUAACUAAUAACAAGGAUGAUGAUAGCUGACAAUCACCUCAACAGGACUCACCUGAACUUCCCAUUAUUGAGCCAAAUGUGGGCUCGGAACUACUUCGAGUAACUUCCUACGUUAUUCUUUAGUUCGGAGUUUUUCAAUUUCUGACAGCAAUCAAGAUAUGUUAAUUAAUAUAAAAUUGGGAAUUGUUUAAAUAUUCAACAUUGAAUGUUUAAAAAAGGAAACUGUUUCACGCAUGUUUUGUUAAAACUGUUCUGUCUUUCCCUUUAAAUAAAGGUAAUUACAGUAUUGAGGUUAUUUUUUAUAACAAUUGACAAAAUGUUGGGUAGAAUAGAAUACCACUUUUAGAAGAUAGAAAUUUUCUUUGAUAAAAUGAUUUAUUGACAUUAUUCAACUAUGCUUUCAAUAUGUUUUAUAUAAUUUGAUUUUAAAGCAAUUAAAUAAGGUGGUUUUUUAUACUCGGGGAGAAAGAAAUUGGUGUGAUAGUUUAUAUAGUCACAGAUUACUUAAUUAUUUCUUUGAUGUAUUUUAAUUGUCCCAGAUUUCUGACCAGUGCACUUAUUUCUUUUGUGUUUUACAAGUAAAUCUGUGCCUAUGCUAUUUUUCUUUGUAUU